CUGGCGACGAGUUACUAGCUAGUUGCUCUAGCUAUCUGAUCGAUCGGUAUCAGAGAGUACUGAUCAUCGAGCUGACCCAUAGAUCUCUGAGAGAAGGUGCAGAGCCAUGACUCGUCUCCCCACGCCUGGUCAGCCUCUUCCUCCGUCGAAGGAGAUCUCCCGCCGCGACCACUCCAACCUGGGGCACCAGCUGACCCGGGAGCCGACGGGCCAGGCCAACUUCAAGUGCAACGGCUGCCUGGAGGAAGUCACGGGGUGCGACAGGGACACGUGCAAGCCCUGCGACUUCGACCUCCACCAGGCCUGCAACUUCCAAGAAGGGACCAUGCUGGUGCACCCGCUGCUGCCCGAGAGCAGGUUCGUGCUCCGCCUCGAGGCCCCCUCUUCCAAGCAGCGAUGCAGCGCCUGCGGCACCCACACGCAGGGCACCCACUACCACUGCGAAAGGACGGGCCAUUACCUCCACCCGUGCUGCGCGAUGCUGCCUAUGGAGAUCGAAAUGAAGCUGAGUGAUGAGCUCAGCCUCUGGUUCGAGCUCCACGAGAAGGGGUCUAACUGCUGCACCAAGUGCAAGAAAGGAGGCGGCAUCCGGGACUACUGGUUCUACUGCUGCACCUCCGAGAAAAUUUACCUGCAUGUCGCCUGCGCGAGAGAGGAUCUUCUUCUGCCGAGCUCAAGCAGUACCGAGUCUCACUCUGACGUCGGCGGUAAUGGCAGGGUGGGCAAGAAGACUGCGUUGCAGAAGUACGGGCCGGGGAAGGCCGGGAGGAACUUCGACCCCUUCUUCGAGAUCGCUAAGGCCCUGGCGAGCAUCGUCCUCGGGGUGCUCACUGGAAAUCCGGUGGCGUUAGUUCCUGCAGUGAUCGAUCUGGGCUCCAACGUCAUCAAAUUGUUGAAAAAAGGUCGCUAGCAGCUCCAUCCUUGCUCAUCCUACGCACGUACGUACAACUUGUUGGUGACGGGCUGCAUGGUGAUAUAUGUACGUACGUAACAUCCUACUAUUUGUACGAUAUAUAGUCCCCGCCUGCAUUGUGUAUUUGUGAUCGCUACAGUCCAUUUCCCAUUUCUUCUUCCACGUCGAAUACUGUGAACACAUUAUUAUAUGUAAGUGUAGAUGUGUGUAAUGAAUAAAUAUUCUGAUGAUAUGUAAUCUUGCAGAAUAUAUCUUGUGAAUUUGAGUUAUGUAA